CAUCUCUGCUACACGCCUUUUCAAACCUAAAGCACGUCUAAGUUUAACGGUUAUCUUCUUUUCGAUCGCUCUCUCAUCCCCGAUUUCCUCUUACCUCCUUCUUCGCUGAGCAAAUUGCGCAACACCUCCGCUGAGUCUCGGGUAUUUGCUGCAUUUGCAAUCUCCAAAUCAGGUUCUUUGAAAGUCACAUAUAUGAAAUACAAGACAUGGACAAGGCUUAUGAAGAGCUUGAUGACACUAAAGCUGAAAUUGAGAGACUCAAGGCAGAACUAAGAAGCAAGACAGAUUCGCUUGAGAACUUGAAGCAAUUCCAAAACGCACAGGUCAAUCAGGUACGGGAAGCAAAGCUAAAAAAUGAGAAAUUGGAGCAAGAGCUGCUUCAAAAGGAAGAUGAAAUCACUGAGGCAAAGCAGAACUGUGAAGAUCUCAAGGGGGAUUUGGUUAAAAAAGAGUCCAUCAUCAAACAUCUCAGUGCUGCAAAUGAUAAACUUCGAGUGGAUUGUGAUGAAAAGUUAAAAAAAUGGGAAGAUGAGAAGAAAGGAUUGGUGUUGGCGUUAGAGGAGGCAGUUGAGAAGGCGGAGAAUCAAGAUCAGCAGAUUAAUGUGUACAGGCAAGAGAUUGAGAGCCUCAAAGGUUGUCUUUCAGCUUCAAAGAGGUGUUUGGAAGUAGAGAAAAUAUCAGAAGCAUCCAAAGAACUGAGAAAAAGUGAUGACAUAUUACAUAACUUAGAGGAUGAAAACAGGAAGGUGGCAGAACAAUUGAAAUGGAAGAAGGAGCAGUUUAAACAUUUAGAAGAAGCACAUGAGAAGGUUCGAGAACAGUUCAGGUCAAGUAAGAAGGAGUGGGAGUUGGAAAAAUCAUCGUUGCUUGAUGAGAUUUCUUCGCUGCAGAUGAAAUUAGAUUCUCAAAUCAGAAUAUCAGAGAAUCUGCAAAACCAGUUGCAGAUGUGUAGCCAAGCCCUUGCUCAUGAAGAAAGCCGGAGAAAGCGCCUUGAAGUUCAACUUUCUGAUUACAAAGAACGUUUUGAAAAUGUCAGUAGUGAGUAUGAGAAUGCUAGGUUCGAACUGGAUCAAUUUCACUCUCAGCGGGACAAAGAUAUUGGUGACAUGAGGUAUUCACUGAAAACAAAGGAAGCACACUCUAAAGAAUUAAAAUACACCAUUCAGAAGCUGGAGCAAGAAAAUAAAGAAUUGAGGGCAUCGCUAAAAGAACUCCGGGAAGCUCAAAUUCAAGAAGCAGGAGCUUCAUUUUCUCAGUCAAAGAUGCGAUCUAAGCUCAGAAGUUUGGAAAACAUCCACAGAGAGUGCGCCUCAACUCUACACUCUAAAGAAGCUGAAUGGAAGUUGCAGCUAGAAAAAAUGACAGAAGAGCUUAUUGGCUAUCGGUCUGGAUGGGAAAAUAUGAUAGAAGCAACAGAAGAGCUCAAAAUGGAGUUGGAAAAUAAGACAGAAGCAAUAGAAGAACUCAAAAGGGAGUUGAAAAAUUCUCAUUCUUUAAUUAUGGAGCCGGAUUUGCUGAAGGAGGAGAUGUCUCUGUUGCUGCUCGUUCUUAAACAGGGAAUUUCUGAGGCUCAGAUCAAGGUGGUCAAUGAUAAGAAGGAGAUGGACCUGAUCAACAAGGAAAGAGAAGAGAAGUCUUUUGAAUUGGUGAAGCAGUUGGAGAUGAAAAAUGCUGCUUUGAUCCAAGCCCAGAAAUUGAAUAAGAGCGAGCUGGAUCUAAUUAACAAAGAAAGAGAAGAGAAAUGUUCUGAACUGAUGAAUUUGUUAGAGAUGAAGAAUGCUGCUUUGAUCAGGGCCCAGAAAGAGAUCAGUGAAGAACGUGAGAAAGUAGCAUGUCUCCUGAAGGAGGCUGAUUCCUUGAGCGUCACCAAGGAACAGCUCCAUUCACUGCAAAAUGAACUUGAUAGGUACAAGGAAAUGCUAGACGAGUCCACAAAGUGUCAACUUCUCCUCGAAGAGAAGACUUUGCAGAUGGAGUGUAACUCAAGAGAAAAGCUUAAAAAAGUUUCUGAUGCUUUAGACAGAGCUAAUACUGAGUUGGACGAGAAAAUAUACGAAGUGAAUGAGAUGGAAUAUGAAAUGCAAAUAUGGAUAUCAAUUGUUGAACGGUUGAAGAAUGAGCUUGAAGAAAAUCAUACGAUGCGUAAAGAACUGGAAAACUCACUUCUUGCACAAGUAGACUUCGUCGAAAACAUCAAACAAGAGAAAGAAAGCUUGAUUCACAAAUUGAAAGAGAAUGAGAUAAAAGUAGAUGAUCUUCGGCAACAGGUUAUCCUACUGGAACAAGAAGUAAGAAGAAGGCAGAAAGAAGCUUCUUCUCUAGCAAGGGGUCAAUCAUUUAGAAGAGAAUUUGAAAGUGUUGGGGGAACUUAUGAGCAUGAGAAAAAGCUGGAUCUGGAGAAAGUCAUGCAUCAGGCAGCUUCACUUGGACAUCAAUUCUCUACCUCAUGGGUCUCCUUUUCUUCACAGCUUGCUGAGAAGCAGGCUGAGAUUAAUUUGGUCCAGGAUGCUUGUGAUAAGAUUACAGCAGCUGAGAUUAUGGCAAUUCUUGAAACUGAGGAGAGGAAGUUGAUGAUAGCAGAACUUGAGGAUGAUAUCCUUAAUCUAGAACAGAAACUGAAACUGCAGGAGGAAAGAUGGAGCCAGUCUGAACGACUUGCAUUGAAAAUUGAAGCAGAAAUGGAAGUAAAACAAUUGACGUUGAAGGGGUUGACUGAUCAAAUAGAGACUAGGCUCAAAAGCUCGGAUGCCUCGUAUCAUAAACUCAAGAUGGAGAACAGAAAUUUACUUGAAAAUGUCACUAAAUUGUUGUCAGAAAGGGAAAACUUGUUAUGCUUCAUUAUGGGACUGGAUGAAAAGAUAUGUGAAUUUUCAGCCACAGACACACGACUAAUGGAUAAGUUGGGAAGCAUUGCACAUUCAUUUGAGAAUGACUGCCCAGGGAUGAAUUUUUCAGAGGAGGAUGAAUUUCUCACGAAAGAGAAUAUUAAAAUGCAUUCUCCUGUAGGGACAAAGAAAGUGGAGGUCGUUUCUGAUGUAAGGUCACCAUUUAAGGAGCUCAACAAUUAGCAUAGAAAUGUGGAAAAAGAUACCGGAUGGAUGUUGUUUACGUUUGCAUUUUCUGCCCCAAAAAAACAAAACCGUCAUGGCUGAAACAUGACGAUGUAAUGGCCUAUGAAAUUAAUUGAUAUCUUCUUGUGCAUGCAGAUUUUUUUCUUUUUUCGAUAACUGUUUCCCAUCUUAUUCCCAGUUUCUUUAAUGAAGAA